AUGAGGGUGGUGGUCCGUGCCUGCGUGCACAUCCAGGCAGUGUCUCCUCCACUCAGGGCCUCUUUCUGCUGCGGAGCUCAGUCCGUGUGCGUGUGGGCUCUGCUCCCGCCUACACACGGCUGUGUCUCUGCGUCGUCCGUCCUGGUGGCCACGCAGGCACUAUGUCUGUGCAGGCCCCUGUCGCUGGUCCUCAACCUCCGGUCCUCCCUGCUCCGUGACCGCGGGCUCCCUUCCCGAGUCCGAGGGGCCCAUUCCCACCGUCCGAUCGUUGGCGGUUUGAGCCCCGGGCCUGCCUUUCCUCUCCGAGCGCCGCCGCCCCUUCGCACCAGUCCUCCCCCUGCAGCUUCUGCGGCCCGGUGUCCGGAGCGGCCCUGCGCGCGUCCCUGGGCCCGGAGUCCAUCCGACGUCACGGUAGAUGAAAGCCCUGGCAGUGCAGAGGGGCCUUAUCUGUGUAAGACGUGUGGAAAAGCCUUCACUUCUUUCUCAGACCUAAGCAGACAUCGUAGACUUCACACCCGAGAGAGACGUCACGCAUGCCAGGACUGUGGGAAAACGUUUUCCCAGCUCGGUAAUUUACAUAUUCAUAGAAGGAUGCAUACAGGCGAGAGACCCUAUGAAUGUAGUGACUGUGGCAAAACCUUUUCUCUCUCCUCUGUUCUCACGGCACAUAGAAGAAUUCACACAGGAGAGAGGCCUUAUGAAUGUCAGCACUGUGGCAAAACCUUUAAACAGUCCUCUGUUCUCAUUGCCCAUAGAAGAAUCCACACUGGAGAGAGACCCUAUGAAUGUCAGGACUGUGGGAGAACCUUUACCCAGUUAUCUGUUCUCACUGCCCAUGGAAGAAUUCACACUCGAGAGAGACCUUACGCAUGUCAGGACUGUGGGAAAACAUUCUCACAUUUGAUAAGCUAUCAGCACGGUAAAAUUCACACAGGAGAGAAACCUCAUGGAUGUCAGGACUGUGGGAAAACGUUUUCACGAGCAGACCACCUCCUCGCACAUAGAAAAGUCCACACAGGAGAGAGACCCUAUCGGUGCAAGGCCUGUGGCAAAACAUUCACACACUCAGGUUCCCUGAGUAAACAUAAACGACUUCACACGGGAGAGAGACCUCACGAAUGCAAAGAAUGUGGGAAGACAUUUUCACAGGCGGGUCAACUCGUGGCCCACACAAGGAUUCACACAGGAGAGAGGCCUUAUCACUGUGUGGACUGUGGGAAAACCUAUAGUCAGUCCUUUGCUCUCCUAGCACAUAGAAGAGUCCACACAGGAGAGAGACCUUAUGAAUGUCAGCACUGUGGGAAAACGUUUCUGCGAUCAGAUAGCCUCACGAAGCAUACAAGAGUUCACACUCGAGAGAGACCCUAUGAAUGCAUAGACUGUGGGAAAGCAUUUUCCUAUGCACGCCAGCUCCUUGCACAUAGAAGAGUUCACACAGGAGAGAGACCUUACGCGUGCAAGGACUGUGGGAAAACAUUUUCACACGCGUGGCACCUCCUGACACAUAGAAGACUCCAUACAGGAGAGAGACCCUAUGAGUGUCAGGAGUGUGGCAAAACCUUUAAUUGGCCAGCUAUUCUGACAGCCCACCGGAGAAUUCACACAGGAGAGAGACCUUACAAAUGUCAGGACUGUGGGAAAACGUUUUCACGUCCGGGGACAUUAACUAAUCAUAGAAGAAUUCAUACAGGAGAGAAGCCGUAUGAGUGCAAGGAAUGUGGGAAAACAUAUUCACAGUUAGGUCAUUUGCAAAGACAUAUCAGAACUCACACAGGAGAGAGGCCUUAUCAGUGUCAGGAAUGUGGGAAAACCUAUAAGGACAGCGCUGGCCUCUAUAUCCAUCGAAGAAUCCACACAGGAGAGAGGCCCUAUCAGUGUAAGGACUGUGGGAAAACAUUCCUGCGCCCCUGUGACCGAAGUCUCCACAGAAGGGUUCACAGACCCGAAAAACCGUAUGCGUGUAAGGAAUGUGGGAAAACCUUCAAACGCUCCGGGGCGCUCACGGUUCAUAGACUCGUUCACGAAGGGGAGAGACCUUACAAGUGUCAGGACUGUGGAAAAUCGUUUUCACGAUCAGACAGACUCACCAAACAUCGACGACGCCACACAGGGGAGAGACCCUAUGAAUGCCAGGAAUGUGAGAAAAAGUUUACGACGUUGGCAUCUCUCACUGUACAUGCCAGAGUCCACACAGGAGAGAGACCGUACGCAUGUCAGGACUGUGGGAAAACAUUUUCCCAGUCCAGUCAGCUCACUGUGCAUAGAAGAAUCCACACGGGAGAGAGACCUUACGAAUGUCAGGACUGCGGGAAAACAUUUUCACAAUCGAGUCACCUCACGGUGCAUAGAAGAAUUCACACAAGACAGAAACCCUAUGAAUGUCAAGAAUGUGGAAAAGCAUUCUUAUACAAAAGUGACCUCAAUACACACAGACGAAGUCACACAGGAGAGAGGCCUUAUGAAUGUCAGGAAUGUGGGAAGGCGUUUUCACACUCCGGUCACCUCAAUAUUCAUAAACGCAUUCACACAGGAGAGAGGCCUUACCGUCUCCAGCUCCUCGAUCUGUCCAGAUGUGAGAAGAUCACAGACGUGGCUCUGCAGAGGAUCUCCACGGCCCUGGAGAUCCUGGCAUCUCAGCCCAAUGCCGUCGACCUCUGA